CAACAUUUCAAUUCAAUUUUGAAUUCAAUUCCAAAUCUAACCCCAUUCAUAAAAAACAUUCACACCGAAAGUGGCGGCGCAUCACACGGCGAAAAUUAAGACUUUGGCGACGUACCUAUAUUUGUGCGUCCUUUGUUGCCAAAUUCCUCUCCAUUCUUUUGGUGAUAAUUAAUUACUACGUUCCACCCCUUUCCCUUUUUCUAAAGCCUGAAUGGCUUCACCGCUAUCUCCUUCUAAGAUCGACGUGUUGAAUUCUGCAACACCUUUGAACAACCACAAUCCAAACAAGUGCGAAAACGACGGCGGCGAAAAUAUCAAUUUAUAUACGACUAAAAUGAGUGGCGAACGCGUCGCUCAUGCUGAUGACGCGACAAGUCCUCCAGCUGUGUCACAGAUGGAUGAGGAUAAAGACAGCGCCAGUCAUAGCCAAGAGAAUUUCUCACCAUCCAAGUCGCGUCAUUCAAGAAUAUUAUCCGGCACCGAACUUUCGCCUCUAAUGAUUUUAACCACAACGGAUGAAAAUGGCGACGCCGAACCUCGACCCCCUAGAAAACAAGCCCAACCGAUUAAAAGUCCUAGAAAAAUAUCUCCCGAGAAGCGCUUCCCGAUCAAGGUCAACAGUAGCCCCUCUCCGUCGUCAUCACCCUCCCUGGAGACCCCGAGGCCUAAGGUACAAGAACAACAAAUUAGUAUUGAGGAAGCUCUUCGCCAAAACAGUGGUCUUGCGACCGCCAUCCAAAUAUUUGAAGAUGAAGAUACGAUGUUGGAACACGACGAAGACAAUGAGGCUGACGUUACUUCUAUGUCUGUGGGUGAUCAGCCAAUUGAAGAAGAACCUUCAGGUCCUGAUGACACUAUGAUCAGCACCUUCAGUAAUUUCUCCGCAGUGCCGAAUAUGACCAUGUUUGCGAGAAUUGGACACAGCCCUACUAAAUUCGCUAAUACGAAUGCCACACCCACCAGUCUACGGAUGCGCCCGGAUCCUUCACCUUCUAGAACUCCCCGACCUCCUGUCAUGCAUGAGUCCGGGAAUACGACUAACCUCCUCAUGGACUUCACCGAGCAGAUCGGUGGAUUUUCUUCUAGACACCCCCAGCAAACGCCGAGCCGAAGCCAGGCUUCUGGUAGACCUCAGAGAGACGCAGUUGCCGCAACGCCCCAACGUCAGCAGUCCAACCUGCUAGAUUUUGACAUACCACCCCUCCCGACACCCCGUAGUAUCCCUACUGUAACGCCCAGAGAAUUAGAGUCGCUUAAGUCGGGCUUUCUCUCCGAGAUCAGCAGCCUUAAAGCUUCCCUGAGCGGCAAAGAAGCCGAAGUCACGUCACUGAAGACUGCGGUUGGCGAUGCUGAAAAGCGCGUGGGAGAAUGCAUGGAGCAACUUCGCGAGAUGAGGGCCGUCAAGGAAGCAUUGGCUGAAGAGAAAGAAGGAUGGGAGAAACGCGGUCGGGAGAUGGAGGUCGUACUCCGCAAGGUCAAGGAAGAGAUUGUCAUCAGCCAACGAGAACGAGAAGAGAUCGAGUUUAAGUUAGAAGAAAGCGAGAAACGACGCGAGGCAGCAGAGAUUAUGGCGCAGGAGGCCGAAAGCAAGAUGGCGGGCAUGCGCGCCGGCAAGGCUACCUCGGAUGCUGGGUCAGAGCCUGGUAACAAUAAGUCGCCGGACAAGGCUAAGAAUGCCGGUUCCCGCGAAGUUGAAAUCGCGGUAGAGCGUGUUGCUCGUGAACUACAUGCACUUUACAAGGGCAAACACGAGACUAAGGUUGCAGCCCUCAAGAAGAGUUAUGAGAACCGCUGGGAGAAGAAGGUUCGCGAGUUGGAGACCAAAUUAGAGGACUACGUGGAAGAGAACGAGAAGCUAAGGCUCGGUCGGGAUGCCACAAUAACAAAGGUUGAUCCUAACCAGACCAUCGUAGACGAAGAACGCAAGGCUCAAGCCGUGAAAGACUCGGCACAGAUUAAGGAGCUAAACGCCGAGAUCGAGAAGCUCGAGGCUGUCGUCAGCAGCAUUAAGGUGGACAACCACGAACUCCGUCAGCUUCUCGAAAAGGAACGUGUCGAGAAAGGCGAGCUUGUGUUGCUGGCCGAAGAAAUGAUGUCGAUGCAGAGUUUCGUCCAGGCGGAAGAGACACCAGCCCGACCGGCUCCCGUCAAACCCCAGCCGACAGGACCCGAGAGUUUCCGUAAUAGUGUUGGCGGUCGCGUAUCGGGUCUACGUGCUCCCAAUUCCGUCAAAAAGCCAGCGGAGAGCCGGAUCGGGGGUAUUGCCCAUGAACGAAGCAAGAAUGGCGGGUCUCAUGGCGGUCUACCGCGCCCUGGUAGUGGCACGGGCGCGAGGAGCGGCAUUAUGAGUUCCAUCGAAAAGAUGGGCAACUACCGAGGUCGAGUUGAGUAAAACUUAACUGGGGUUAAUGACUUGGUUCAUGAUAAGUUAUAAUGGGGUGUUACGACUCUGAAUGCAGAUACGAUGUGGGCCAGGUAUUGUAAUGACGGAUAGGGGAUACUUCUAGUUGCACGGGUGGAGUCUGGGUUGGGAUCGAGAGUCUCUUCCGAAUUGCGGAACUCCUACUUUUCCAAGCUACAUUAUCUGUUAGGCUUGGUCGCAUUGGCUGCAUUUAAACGAGCUACCCAUACUGUAUAUAGUAUCGACUAGUCGUUAUGGGAGAUUGGACUUGAUUCAGUCUACCUCAUGUUGUCAAUGCGAAAAAUAAUACCCAUGU